GAGAGCGUAAUUCUAUAUCGGAGUGAUUGUGUGAUUUUUGACCUCGGAAUGGUGUAGUUUAUGAAUAUAAGUUGCAUUUUUCGACAAGCAACUGGGCCCUAAAGUAAAGAAUCACCUCGUUUUUGAUUCGGUCGGAAAUUUAAUUUAAAAAACGCAAAAUUUUUGAGUGCAGGGAUUUUCAUACUGAAUAGUUGGAUCGGGGGCUUGGUGACGUCACCAAAUGUCAUUCCAUAGUUUGUGAGGUUAUCAACAUUCAUUUAAAGAACAAAUUAUUUGCAGUCUACCAAACAUGUGUGUACUUGUGUAAACUUUGACAAAUGUCGAGUCCUUACUAUCAAAUAACGUAAUUUUUACGUAACUCAAAAGUACAAGCAUGUCUGAUGAUAUAAUUUUACUGUCUUCGGAUGAUGAAUGUGAGAGCCCUCCACCAAAGAAAAUUAAACCGGCCGGCUUUGAAUUUGAUGUCUUUGAAAAGUUAAAUAAGCUUACAGACAUUAUAGCGGUUCCAUGUCCAGAGAAAAAACAGUUUGUGCAAAAGAUUGAAGAAAGUCGUCUUACCAUCGUCAUUGAAAGCGACGAAAAAAACUUUGCAGGUAAAGAAAACGAAAACAACAUUGUCAAUCUCACAGAUGAGUCCUUGGAAGAGUGCGCUGAUGAACAAAAAGAUGUCAAUACUAGCAGCGACUGCCUGAUCGUGGCCUCCGACUCGGAAACAGAAGAAAAUCUAGCGCCUCCACCGAACCCGUCCUCCCCCAAACAACCCGACCAAAACCGCGAAGAGCAAAACGGAAUCGAGCAAAACGGCCACGCAAAUCACGAAACUUCCCCCGAACUAGAGCCAAAACCAGCGCUCAAGACCAGCACGGUCGAAAACGACGACCUCUUGAACAGACCGUCAACGUCGAAAGCGUCGGACGCUCACAAACUCCUGGACGAGUUUCUCGAAACUUGCGCCAAGUCGCUAAAAGGCUCGAAAUACGAAAGCAAAGUGCUGCCCAAGUUCCCGAAAAUAAAGAACAACUUCGAUAAGUGCGACAGCAUACAUGGGGAACCUAACUUGAGGAAGAUGCUGCAGGAGUACAUAUCCACGGCGAAGAUUUCGGCACCCGAGGCCGUCGUGGCUUUCCAGAGGAUGUACUCGUAUUUGUUGGACAAUAUCAACGGGGACGCGAUCGAAGUGCCCGAGGAGCAUCUCAAGAAGUUGAAGAUUUUGGAGAAGACUUGCAAGAAAUUGUUGAAAAGACUGAAGAUUUUGGAGAAUGCUGAAGUGAAUUUUGAGGACGAGGACGAUUCGACGUAUAUGCAGAUCGAUAGGUACUCGAAAAGACUGAAUCAGGUGUAUGCCAAGUACUGCCAACUGUUGGAAAGGAGUCCGUAUGCUGGGCGGUUGCUGCACGAGAGGAUCCAGUUCGUGUCUUCCAAGUAUAACGAAAUUAACAGGGCUAUCACCAAGUCGUACAAAAACAACAAAUUCCCGAGUUACCACGAAAUUGAGAAAUGUAUACGAAAAUGUGUUGCGAAACACAACCUAGGCUUAUCAGAAGGGGAAAUUAAAGAAGAGAGUAAGCAGUGUUUUACGAAGAUGGGGAACCUGUUGCAGAUGAGACGGAAAAAGGAGCUGUACGAAGUACAUUGCGGAUUUAUCGCUUUGAACGAAGACCCCGCAAAUACGGAUGAAAACCUAAAAUCCAAAUUGCAGGACAGUUUACAGGAAGGUGACAAGAAAAUGAAGCAAGUCGUUGACAAAUACGCGCAAAUGCAAGAAAAUAAUGUCAGUGUCGAGCUGAGUGAAGACAGUGACGAUAGCAAUUAUAAAGAAAGUGAUAGCGAACCGGAAGUGUAAUUUAGGAACGUGUCAGCGAUUUGUUUUUAUAUAUGUAACUAUUUGAAUUAGUAACGAAUGUUUGGAAGUGUUUUCACGUGUUUGUUUGGUUUUUUCAUCAGAUAAAUUAUGUUUUGUAAGUAGUCUCAACUGUGUGACCAUUUGAAAAAAGAAAUUAAAAAGGUACUUUUUUAAAGGAGAUUAAAUUGA